CGCGAGCGGAGCACACGCGUGCAGCCUCCGCGCCGUGACGCACGCGACGCCGUCAUACCUGUCAGCCGCACAACUUACGCUCCGUCAUACGCGCAAAAAACACGACGCUCAAUUAGGAAAUCGGUGGUGACGCAAAUCGCGGGGAAAUAUAUAUCGAAAAGCCCGCGCUCAGCUGAUAUCAACAGAACCUGCGUCGACGCAGCUCCGCCUCACAUCCGUGCCGGUAUGGUUUCGCUUUUCGACGUUUCGCGGUAAAACUAACCGAGUGAGUCAUUUAAAAUGACGAAAGUUAAGUUGAAACAGAAGUCUCCAAGGCCCGUUCCCACUGCUGUGAGUUCAACGUGAGUUGAGGAAACAAAUUACAUAAACUUCUGUUUACACCGCUACGUUCGCGCGCACGGUUUAUUUUAUAACAAAAUACUCUAUAAACGACUGAUUACUUUAGUACAAUUGUAAACAUCCAAAGAUCUCAACGACUACUUACAUAUAACGUCAGCCGCAUCGUAAGACUGUAUAAGUGUGAACAAUAAAUAAGUGAUAAUUCAUCGAACAAUAAGGGGAAAUUUUGUUGGCGCGUUGCCAAGGACUUUUGAAGAGAUACAUUUGAAUAAAGACAAUUACUCAUCAUUGCUAAAAACGCGGAGAAAGCUUAUUGAAUAAACGCCUGCUCAGCCAAACGUUGUGGUCAAGGACGUUUCUCAAAGAAGUCUUAAUAUACGAUAGUGAGACCGACAGGACCUUGAAUAAUAUCUUGGACGUACGAACAACGUAUAUAGCAUUACAUUUAUAUAUCAUUAUCCAUUAACGGUUACGAAAGGAUCAAAAAGCAAAGCUGUUUAGCAAGGUGUAAUGGUGUGAAGGAUGCACCUUCCGUACGAGUCGAGAGGCCGACGGCGCCGCGAGAUGGCAGAGCUGGAGCCCUGGUGGCUGCAGUCCAUAGUCGACGAUACUCUCGUCGAACAUCCGGACUUAGUUCGUACUGGGAGUCCUGACUACAUGUGUUCGAUGCUGCCGCAGCAUUGGCGUUCAAACAAGACCCUGCCCGGCGGCUUCAAGGUGGUAGCGCUAGGAGAGGUGGUGGACGGCACGCUGGUCACCGUCCGCGCUGGCAACGACGAGAACAUCACCGCUGAACUUAGAAACAAUACCGCCGUCAUGAAGAAUAGAGUAGCCAAAUUCAAUGACCUGAGGUUCGUCGGGAGGAGUGGGAGAGGCAAAAGUUUUUCGUUGACAAUCACGGUAUCGACAUCUCCUCCUCAAGUGGCGACAUACCAGAAAGCAAUCAAGGUGACCGUCGAUGGGCCGAGAGAGCCGCGCUCUAAAACAAGUUAUCUGUCACCAGGUACAAAUGUAUCUACGCACAGAACAAUAGACUUCCACCGGCAGUUCAUCUCGUGUCCACCGCUGCCUCUCCGCGAAGAGUACAAGAACCCAACAUCGAGGAGUUUGCGGACCCUCUCGCACGAGGAACGGGAAUACAAAACCAACGCCACUAUACCUAGUGGAGAAGGCAGCGGUAACAUUCUCGGCGCGAGCGAGUGGAACACUGGCUACCCCUCAACAGCCAGUGUAUACCCGACGUACGGCAGCGUACCUUUGCAGCCUCCUUACUAUAAGCCGGAUCCACCGAUUCAUAUACCCACAGUAUUACCUGAAAUGCCACUCUGCCAUACGGACUACAGCGGCUUCCAGACUGGGAGUACGAGCUACAAGAGCAGCCCGAGCUUACCCGGUCCGGCGAUAGCGGACCUCAACCAGCCACCCCUGACCAACCACACGCCGGCACCAAUGUCCGCACAGCCCCGAUGCGAACCCAACUAUUACAACUCCUGGCCAACAAACACCUACAAUUACAACAAUUACCAAUACAAUAAUAUCAAUAAUAAUCCAACAUGCCUGCAAUCUCAUACGCCUUAUAUCAGUCCAAACCCACAAAUGAUCCUUCCUAAUCUAUACUCAACCGUCAAUCAAAAUCAAAUACAUGUUCAUUUGCACAGCUCUACUGAUAAACAUAACAUCGAACAGUACAUCCCUAGCGAAAUAAAAAUAAGUGACAUCGAUGGCGGGAUCUCUAUAACGACGGAGUUGCAAGGUGCGGGAGAAACGAGCGGACUUGUGCAAACUUGUGAAGCUUCAGAUGAUGUGAAACAUGGACUCUAUGGUGCCUCCAAUCAAGAAGUGUGGCGGCCUUAUUGACAGUUCAACAAUUAUAAAUGUUAAGAAAGAAAACAUUCCAUUGUACAUAUUGUGAUAUAGUUAUUCCAAUUGCAAUCAAUGAUAGAUUUUAAAUAUA